AUGAGAUUUGAUCAACAACAAAUACGUGAAUGUUCAAAAAGUGCAAAUAAUUCAUCUUCUAGCCUUUUAAAUAACGUCUUUCCUCAACAUUCUUCUUCCUCUUCUUCUUCUACUAGACAAAAUAUUUCUGCAAAAUUUAAAAGAGCAUCUUCAGUUAGUGCUGUUGCCCCAACAACAAUUAAUAAUUGUAAAAAUGUAGAAUAUAUUAGUGUGGAUUUAUUUGGAUCUACAAUACAAUGUGUUGGAAAUAAUGGAGGGGGAGGAGGUGGGGGAGGAAAUGUUGGAAAUAGAAAUGCUAGAAGUGUUACGGAUACUGGAACUGCACAAUUAAUAGAAGCAAUUCCUGGUCGUCGUUUAAUUGACUGUUUGGGCCCAUUUUUGGAAAGACAUGGAAUACCUGUUGGGUGUGCAGAAUUCUUACUAGAAAAAUCAACAACACCAAUACCUGAAACGUCAGAUUCUUUCUUUCUAGCAGGACAUAAAAUUUUUGUUAGAGUUAAAAAUAGCUCCGCUACAAACGCCGGUACAUGGUCUUCUGGUUCUUCAGUAACAGCAAUGCAACAGCGUCAAAAACAACAGCAACCCAGACGAGAGACGCGCCGUCGUUGUUCUGGUGUUAGCACUUUUCUCGGUGCUUUUACAAAUAAAGAUGAAAAUAUUUGUGGAAAGAGAAGGGAAUGUGGAUGUAUGGGAUCGCUUGAGGGGCAAUCUACAAAAUCAGCAACAAUAAUGACUACGUCAUCAGAUUCUUCUUCUUCUUUUACAACUCCUCUUCUUCCAAAAGAAGAGGAAUUAGAUGGAAAGCAGACAAAAAUUACACAACAAUCCUGCGAAGUUGCAAAAUGCGAGAAAGAAAUAAUUUCUCCAAUAGACAACAAAAAUAUUCAAGAAAAUAAUAUAGUAAAUAUUGGUGACCAAAAAUUCGAAGAAAAUAAUAAUGUUGAGGAAGGAGAAGAAGAAGAAUUGUCUACAAAAGAAGGAAUUUUACUAGUGGACAAUAAUAACAAACUAAAUAAUAAUAAGAAUGUGACAACCGAUAAAGAAGGGCGAACACUGCGCAAACAAACAACGACUAAGAACGGCAAUAAUAAUAAAAAUAAUUUGGAAGAAAAAAUUUGUGUUAAAAGCAACAUUAAUAAGAAAAUUGAAGGAAUGCAGAAAGGUCCUUUCUCUUCUUCUUCAUCCUUCUUCUCAUCAUCUGGUAAAACUGCAGCUGGUUGUGGUAAUAAUUCCUCUUCAUCUUCUAUUCGUUCAUCUACAACAAAUAUUAGUAGUGGCAAAUUAACUACAAAUAAUUCAAAAAAUAAUUUUAACUCAUCGUUAUCAUCCACCACGGGGCCUAUUACUCCAAUAAAUUCAUUUUCUUCUUCAUUUUCUUCUUCCUCCCUUUCACCUCUGGUCAGUGAAGGAGGUGAAAAAGGAAGAAUCCCUACAACAACAACAAUAUCAAAGGCAACUGUGACGACAUUACUACCUGUCUCCGCAGCCGCGCGAAAAUCGUCCUUCACGCAAAAGAGGAGCAGAAUGAUGAUUAUGGGCAAACAUGGUCGAUGUCCCUCAACUUGUCCAAGUACUUCUCCUCCUCCCUCAGAUUCUAUAAAUUCUACAAAUAUAACAACAACAACAACCAAUUCUUGUUUAGAUUCAUCUGAUCAUUUAUGUCCAAAUCCUUCUAAUAUAAUUAAUUCUUCCUCUCAAUUACCACAAAAACGUAAAAGUUCUUUAAAUUCCGCAGCAUCACUUGCCGAUGCUCCUCCAACUUUAACUGCUAUUUUUGGUGGUGCCGCACAUAAUUCUCACAGUAGUAGUGACUUUCUUUUAAAUCGUCAUGGACGUUCUAAUGUUUUGGACGAAUUUAUGUCAGAAGAACAUAAGGGGAUUUCUGGUUCUCAACAGAUUCCAACUAGUUGUAGUCUAUUACAACUUCAACAUCAACAAAAUUGUAGUGAUGAUACUUCGUUAAAUUCACACUCAAUUGGAGGAGGGGGAUUUAUUGUAAGGCGAAAACACACUGUUGGAUCUGUGGGGACGGUAAACAGCAUUCAAUCAACAAUUAAUUCUUGUGGUGGUACUACAAUUGGAAGAAAAGGAAUUUUCUUUGUUAAGGAGAAACUAACACCUAUUUUGGAACGUUUAUUUGUUCAAGCAGUUUCCAGUCGUUCACAAGAAACAGAAUUAAAUUCUCUACUAAAUUUAGAACAACAUUGGACAGAAAUUGUUAAUAUCCAAAAAGUUCAAAAUAAACGUCAAAGCGAACAACAAGAGGCUCUUUGGGAAAUUGUUUCCACAGAAAGGCGUUAUAUUCUUCAACUUCAAUUACUUGAAGAUUUAGAAUGGUGUUUAAUUGAAUUACAACGUCAGGGGUAUCUUAGAGAUAUUAACAGACAUUGUGUUUUCCUUAAUUAUUCUCAACUAUUACGUUGUAAUUUACAUUUUUGGGCUUCUGCUAUUGGACCUAUGCUUCAAAAAUCAAGAGAAACAAAAGAUCCAUUAAAUGCUUUAUUACUUCGGCACGGUUUUGAAUCAAUUUUGGAUUGGUCUUUGUGUUAUAUAGAUUUUAAUAUUAGUUUAUCUGAAAGUCAUUCAUAUGUUCAAAAGAAACAAAAAGAAAAUGAAAUGUUUGGGGAAUUUGUUCGGUGGGCUGAACAACAUACUUUAUUAAAUAGGCAAAAACUUGUUGAUGCACUUAGUGGGCCGAUGCAAAGAAUUACUAGAUAUUCACUUUUAUUAAAAGCUGUACAAAGAAGUGCUGCUGAUACUGAGGAAAAAUUAAUUAUACAAUCAAUGAUUGAUUGUGUUGAAGCAGCAACUCUUCGAUUAAAUUAUGAAAUGAAUAAUAAUGAUCUAAGAAUACAAUUAGCAGAAUUAAUGAAAACAAUUGAAAGUUAUGAUGUUAUAGAUAAUGAUGAAUUUGAAAGAUUAUUUCCCCUUCCUCCUUUAACUAAUUUUAAUAAUUUCCAACAAAAUAACAAUUAUCAACAACAACAACAAUUAUUAUUUGCUGCAAUUAAUAGGCCUCCCCCACAUUUUAAUUUACUUUUACCUAUGCCCUUUCUUGGUUUACAACAACCAAAAUUUAGAAGAAUGUAUACACGAGGAGAUUUGAAAAUGCGUGAAGGAAAACAAAAUCCGAAACAAGAAAUUCACUGUAUUUUAUUUACUGACAUGCUUUUAAUAUGUAAAUCUGUGUCAAGACGUAAUGACCGAUUAAGAAUUAUAAAACAACCAAUGCAUAUUUCAAAUCUUAGAUUUCACCAUUUUAGUGAAGGAACUGGUUUUUAUUUAAUUUGUAUGAAUGAAUUCGAAUCUCCCUCACAUUUUCUUUUAAUGUUUACUGCUGGAAUAGAAGAAACUAGACGGUGGUUAGAAAUGAUGGCAAUGGCACAACAAGAUUUUGCCUCAUUAAGGGCUGCAGCAACAACAAAUAAUGAUAAUUUUUUUGGUGAAAAAUUUUUAACUAAUUAUUCUAAUCAAAUGACAAAUAAUUGUUGUAAUAGAAAUUGUACAUUUUCUGCUGAUACUCUUAGGCAAGUUGUUCAACAACAAAAACAGCAACAUUUUGUUUGUAAUUGUUGUUCUAAUAAUGUUUUACACAGAAAAAGUCGGAGUAUGGAUUCACAAGUAAUAAUGGCUACAACAAGUGAUCUUUGCUGUGAUAAUUUAUUAGAUAAUAAUGAUUUAAUUAAUUCACUAAAUCAAAAACAAAAUAAAGAAUUUUUAUGUCAAUGUGAAAUAAAAGAAAAGGAGAAAGAAGUUUUUGUUGAAGAAUUAAAUAAAGAGGGGGAAGAAAUUGAAAUAAAUAAAAAUAUUUUAAAUGAACAAAAAAGAAGGGAACGUUUGGGAAGACAACAAAGAUUUCAAGGAAAUUCAAAUAAUAAAGAAUCCUUGCCUUCUUUUGAUCAAAAUAUUGAAAAUGAUAAAAAUGAUAAAAGUCCAACAGAUAAAGAUUCUUCUACCAUUCCAACUUCAACAGGGGAUACUUCUGUAUCAACAGAUCAUUCUGUUGUUUUACAUACAAUGAAUGUAGCAGCAAAUACUGCUGCUGCUAUAGUUACACCUGUUGUUGUUUCUAAUAUUGGUUUAAAUACUUCCUUACCUCAAAAUGAUUCUCAACAAAAUAUUUCUUCUUCCCCAAUUCCAAAUACUUCACCAAGUACUAAUAAUCAAAGACGGUUUGAAAAACGUUAUCAUACUGUUGGUGAAAUUGACACAGUUAGACGUCAACCACAAAAACAAUUUUCUACCUUAGCAAACAAACUUAAUUGUACAAAUGGUAAUUAA